UCUCUUUCUCACGGCUGCCGCCGGCGGCUCGCUGGUAGGAAAUAGUCGGGCGUGGAAGCUCGACGUGUCCGGAAAGGUGCGCGCUGGUCGGGCAGCUGCAGGCGCCUUUGCGCGCGGCGCUCUUUCUCGCCUCCAAACGGCCGCGGGGAGCGAGCGGGCACCAUUAUGCUGGACCCGUCGUCUAGCGAAGAAGAGUCGGACGAGGUGCUGGACGAAGACCGGCGGGAGGUGCUGGUGGUGGCGGCGGCGGCCAGCUCCCCGCGCACCCUCCCUGUCGCGCACCGAGAGCCCGGGCGCCCGGGGAACCGCGGCGUUGGAGACGGCGGCAGUGGUGGCGCGUCUGGGCGCCCGGCGAGCCCCAGCCCUUCGGUGCGCAGCGAAGGCAGGGAAGAGCAAGAGCGGCUACAGAAGGAGGAGAGCGAGAAGCGGCUCCGGCUGCAGCUGUACGCCUUCAUUGUGCGCUGCAUCGCGUACCCGUUCAACGCCAAGCAGCCCACCGACAUGGCCCGGCGGCAGCAGAAGCUGAACAAGCAACAGCUACAGAUUGUGAAGGAGCGCUUUCAGGCCUUCCUGAAUGGAGAGACACAAAUUGUGGCUGAUGAAGCAUUUUGUAACGCCGUUCGAAGUUACUAUGAGGUAUUUCUCAGGAGUGAUCGAGUUGCCAGGAUGGUCUACAGUGGAGGAUGCUCAGCGAACGACUUCAGAGAUGUGUUUAAGAAGAACAUAGAAAAGAGGGUUCGGAGUUUGCCUGAAAUCGAUGGAUUAAGCAAAGAGACUGUGCUGAGUUCUUGGAUAGCCAAAUACGACGCCAUUUGCAGGGGAGAGGAGGACUUGAGCAAAAUGCCCAACAGGAUGGCUUUAAGUGCCGUGUCAGAACUUAUUCUGAGCAAAGAGCAGCUUUAUGAAAUGUUCCAGCAGAUUCUGGGAAUCAAGAAACUGGAGCAUCAGUUGAUCUACAAUGCCUGCCAACUGGACAAUGCAGAUGAGCAAGCAGCCCAGAUUAGACGCGAACUUGAUGGGCAUCUCCAAAUGGCUGACCAAAUGGCCAGAGAAAGAAAAUUUCCAAAGUUCGUAUCGAAAGAAAUGGAACACAUGUAUAUAGAAGAAUUGCGGUCUUCAGUGAAUUUGCUAAUGGCAAAUUUGGAAAGCCUUCCAGUGUCCAAAGGUGGCCCGGAAUUUAAAUUACAGAAGCUAAAGCGAUCGCAGAAUUCUGCUUUCAUGGACCUUGGAGAUGAAAGUGAUGUUCAGCUGUCGAAAUCUGAUGUGGUGCUGUCAUUCACGUUGGAGAUUGUUAUAGCAGAAGUCCAAGGCUUGAAGUCGCUUGCUCCCAACCGCAUUGUUUACUGCACGAUGGAAGUGGAGGGAGGAGAGAAACUCCAGACAGAUCAAGCCGAAGCGUCAAGACCACAAUGGGGAACUCAAGGGGAUUUCACCACCACACAUCCACGGCCUGUCGUCAAAGUGAAACUUUUCACAGAAUGUACCGGGGUUCUGGCACUGGAAGAUAAGGAGCUAGGAAGGGUAGUAUUGUAUCCAACAUCCAAUAGCUCAAAGUCACCUGAGCUGCAUAAAAUGAUCGUCCCCAAAAACAGCCAAGACUCUGAUUUGAGGAUAAAGCUGGCAGUGAGGAUGGAUAAACCGGCACACAUGAAGCAUUGCGGGUAUUUGUAUGCACUUGGGCAGAAGGUCUGGAAAAGGUGGAAAAAGCGCUACUUCGUUCUUGUACAGGUUAGCCAGUACACAUUUGCAAUGUGCAGCUACAGAGAGAAGAAAUCUGAGCCCCAGGAGUUAAUGCAGCUCGAAGGAUACACUGUGGACUAUACAGCGCCUCAUGCAGGUCUCCAGGGUGGUCAGAUGUUCUUUAAUGCAGUCAAAGAAGGCGACACGGUGAUAUUUGCCAGUGACGACGAGCAAGAUAGAAUCCUCUGGGUUCAGGCAAUGUAUAGAGCAACAGGUCAGUCCUAUAAGCCCAUUCCUGCAAGCCAAGCCCAGAAGAUGAACCCAAAAGGAAGCAACAUGCAGGCAGAUGUGUUGCAGAAUGCAGAUCGCGCUCAGAAACAUGGCAUGGAUGAGUUUAUUUCUGCUAAUCCUUGCAAGUUUGACCAUGCUGCACUCUUUAGAGUACUUCAGAGUAAGACCUUGGAUCACCGAUUGAAUGAUUCCUAUUCUUGUUUGGGUUGGUUUAGCCCGGGCCAAGUCUUUGUGUUGGACGAAUACUGUGCUCGUUAUGGUGUGAGGGGCUGUCACCGCCAUCUGUGCUACCUGAAUGAAUUGAUGGAACACUCGGAGAAUGGCGCUGUCAUUGACCCAACCUUGCUCCAUUACAGCUUUGCCUUUUGUGCUUCUCAUGUUCACGGCAACAGACCAGAUGGAAUUGGAACGGUAACCAUUGAAGAGAAAGAAAAGUUUGAAGAUAUUAAGGAAAGGCUUACUUCUCUUUUGGAAAACCAGAUUAGCCACUUCAGGUAUUGUUUCCCUUUUGGGCGUCCAGAAGGAGCAUUAAAAGCUACACUUUCAUUACUCGAAAGGGUUUUAAUGAAAGAUAUUGCCACUCCCAUACCAGCGGAAGAAGUGAAGAAAGUGGUUAGAAAAUGUCUGGAGAAAGCAGCCUUGAUCAAUUACACUCGGCUUACAGAUUAUGCCAAAACAGAAGCUACAAAUGAAAAGGAUCCAGAGACACUGAACCAAGCGUCUCCUUCUGUAAAGCUGGAAGAGGUUAUUCAUUUAGCAGAGCUCUGCAUUGAAGUCCUACAGCAGAACGAAGAGCACCAUUCAGAGGGAAAAGAGGCAUUUGCUUGGUGGCCAGAUUUGCUGGCUGAACAUGGGGAGAAAUUUUGGUCUCUGUUUACGGUUGACAUGGAUUCCGCACUGGAAGCACAGCCACAGGACUCCUGGGAUACUUUUCCUCUUUUCCAGUUGCUUAACAACUUCCUAAGAAAUGACCCACUUUUGUGCAAUGGGAAGUUUCACAAGCACUUGCAGGAGAUUUUUGUUCCCUUGGUCAUCCGCUACAUUGAUCUCAUGGAGUCCUCCAUUGCCCAGUCCCUUCACAGAGGUCUUGAACAAGAAUCAUGGCAGCCUGUCAAGACCAUCACCAACAGUCUUCCCAAUGUAGCUCUUCCAAAAGUUCCAAGUUUGCCUCUUAAUCUUCCACAGAUACCUAGUUUUUCAACGCCAACCUGGAUGGCUUCUUUAUAUGAUUCCACCAACGGGUCAGCAACGUCGGAAGAUCUCUUCUGGAAACUUGACGCACUGCAGAUGUUCGUCUUUGACCUUCAUUGGCCAGAGCCGGAAUUUGCCCACCACUUAGAACAGAGGCUGAAACUCAUGGCCAGCGAUAUGAUAGAAGCAUGCGUCAAAAGAACAAGAAUUGCCUUUGAACUCAAACUGCAAAAGACAAAUAAAUCUACGGACUUGCGCAUUCCCUCUCCUGUGUGCACAAUGUUCAACGUGCUGGUUGAUGCCAAGAAACAGACUGCUAAAUUAUGUGUCCUGGAUGGCGGGCAGGAGUUUGCUAAUCAGUGGCAACAAUACCAUUCAAAAAUAGAUGACUUGAUUGAAGAAACGGUGAAGGAAGUAAUUUCACUUCUUGUUUCAAAGUUCAUUUCAGUGCUGGAAGGUGUGCUGUCUAAAUUAUCAAGGUAUGAUGAAGGCACUUUCUUCUCGUCAAUCCUUUCAUUCACUGUGAAAGCAGCUGCAAAAUACGUGGACGUUCCUAAACCGGGGAUGGAUCUAGCAGACACUUACAUAACGUUUGUUCGUCAGAACCAAGACAUACUUCGCGAUAAGGUCAAUGAAGAAAUGUACAUAGAAAAACUGUUUGAUCAAUGGUACAGUAACUCUAUGAAAAUCAUAUGCGUGUGGCUGGCCGAUAGAUUAGAACUGCAGCUUCAUAUCUAUCAGCUGAAGACUCUCAUCAAGAUAGUGAAGAAGACCUAUCGAGACUUCAGGCUGCAGGGCGUGCUGGAAGGAACCCUGAAUAGCAAAACAUACGACACCGUCCACAGCCGCCUGACAGUAGAGGAAGCCACGGUCUCUGUGUCUGAUGGGAGCGGACUUCAAGGCAUCACAAUGAAGGACAGCGACGAAGAAGACGGCUGACCACCUGCUUCCCCUCAUGAGUGUUUGUUCCGUAACUUGUCCUCACACUUCGCGUUUAUGGUUUUGCCUUAAUGCCCCGAUGCUAUGGUGUAAAAUUCAUCCCACUUGUGAGGGAGGAAAGGUGGGCUGGAAAGGGGGAGGUAUUGGGGGCAGGGGUGUUUAAUGCCGAGGACAUUUUGAAGACAAUGGCCAGGGUGGGGUGGGGGUUGCAUAUUUUUUCUAUGUAGCUUUGCUUUGCACUUUUGAGAAUGCCAGCAUGGAGUGUGGGCUCCAUCCCUUUCUGUUUGUCGCGUUGCCGUUUCUCUUCCUGUAACCGGACGGGAGAGCAGACCUUGUACAUUGCGCAAUACUACAGGCAGUCAUCACUGGAAACUGUUCAGAGCAGGCAUUUCAUUUGCAACAAUUGCAGCCCGAAAAUGUAUUUCCCAUGGUUUGUCGCUGUUGUGUUUUGUUUCUGUUGUCGGUCUCUUGCUUUUUCUUCAUUCUUAGGAGACAUGCAUUUAAAAGAAAAACUUGGUCCCUCAUCCUUUGAUUGUGCUUUGUAUAAAAGGCAAGAGGAUCUCCAAGGACUGCCAGGGGGAAAACACACACACACACACACACCACUGCAAGUGUUGCAUCUUCUCUCUUGCAAAUUUAAAAACUUUCUCAUCUCGUUGAUUGUCCAGAAACUUGCCUUCGGUAUUUCUAUGUCUCUGUGAAAAUUUGCAGGCAAUAAGAACCCCCCUAUUCCCUCCUGUCAUGACCACUUCUGUAUCUAGCCCACGUUUGUACAAAGUUCCAAAAUUAAAAUAUGUUUGCAAUAUUUGAAA